AUGGACGUCAUUGUUAAUGUUGUUGAGGAACAAACAUCGAUUACACCAAUUCCAAUGGGAGAUAAUGAAAUUCAUAAUCAAAGAUUUCUAAGAUCGAUUCGAGUGGCCAAUGGAACUGACGAUGAUGCCAUUGUCUAUACAUCGAGUGAAGGAUGUCCAUUCAGAGUUGCUCAAGAUGGAACCAUAACCCAAAACGUUGAUUGUCCAAGUGUAAUCAAUUUGGCCAGUCAGGCGACAUCAGAGUUGCAUUUUCUACCAACCACUACUCUGGUACACAUCCAAACAUUUAUUACCAAAAAGGGACAAGGACGUAUAUAUGUAGGACACAGAGAGGUAACACCAGGUGUCACCUAUCGUAUUUGUAAGAAACAUCUUGACCCUAUCCUAUCGGCUCCCUACCGUGUCUAUGAUGAAAACUUUUCAAUCAUUGCAACCAUGCGACCAUUUGCACCCACUGCAUUUAUUAAUCAUCAAUAUUUCUUUGUUUUUACUUCGACCCAAAUUUCUGGGUGA